AUGCAUUUUGAUUAUCCGGGAGGCGGAAUGUCAAAUGAAGGUGGCGAUGUCGCUACAUCGCUCCAAGAAUAUGCCAUGUUUCUGGAGUACGUCGAAGUAAACAUCUCAGGAUAUGAUUGCCAUCCCCAUUCAUCCUGGGGCGAAAUGCAUUGUCUAGUGGUAUGGAACAUGGGGGGUACCCCCAACUACACAGUACAAGUCCCUGGGUUCCUUUGGGUGGUAGGAACUCUGAAUUUGACCCAAUUUAGGUUAAACACCUUGGCUCCCGCCCAAAUGUGCCUAACACCUGCAGGUCGAGCGCCAACCCACCCAGGCUUCUGCUUUCUCACCGAGAGGCAAGGAAGACACAGCAUGGCCUGGACGGCGGACGCCCCUCCCGUCAGCCUUGCCCGCGCCCAUGGUGGAAUGCAACAUCAUGGCGUGGUUUCUCGAUACACCCUGGCGCCAUUGUCUAGGCACCCCAGGCAUGAGACGACUGGAUUGAUCAACACUCAGUCCGACUUAUCCGAUGAGGUAUUCGGGCAUUGUCCGGACGCCCGUCUGAACGAUAAACGGGCCUCCGACGUGAGCAAUCUAGCUAGGUUACCAAUCGGGGGCUUCGGGUUACAGCAGUACCACAGAGGCCUCUUGGAGCUACCUGGGACUUCUCCAAUCACCUCUAGCCAAGAGCAGGUUAACUACGGCGUAGACUUUGGUCCGGCCUGUCGAAGUCCGGCUAGCUCGGCCGAUUGGACGGCAUGUAGAUCCACGCCAUGGGAGUGA